AUGGGCGCCCUCGGGGCCUCCAGGCACGGCCGCCUCUGCGCCAGGGCCCCCCCGCCCGUGCUCGGAGACCUCGCGCUCCUGCCCUGCUGGGGCGCCUGGGGGCCGGAGGGGCGGCGCGUCGCCCGCGCCGACGACGCGAUCAUGAUCGCCCACCACGCCCUGUCUAUAGCGAUCUGGCCGAUGACCGUCUACUACAACUACUGCUCCAGGUACGUUCUCAUCAUGAUCUCGACUGAGUUCUCCAGCAUUUUUAUGACGUGCAAUUGGUUUCUGACCACCCUCGGCAGGAAGAGCGAUUUGAUCUACAAGGUCAAUGGCCUCAUCUUCACACUCACGUUCGUGGUCGUGCGAAUGGUGGGCGCCGUGCCGCAGCUGGUGGCGAUGUUCCGCGUGCCGCCCUGGACGAUGUCCACUAUGAGAGCCGUUGCGCCCGACGUUGACAUACAGUGGUGGCAGGUGUACGCCUGCUCCGCCAUGGUGUUGCCGCACUGUCUCAACUUGUUCUGGGGAGUCAAGGUGAUAAAGGGGUACCUCAAGGUGCACAACGCCUACUUCGAAGCGCGCCGCAAGGGCCGCGCCGAUGGCAAGAAGAAGACAUGA